AUGAAUAAUUCUGUGUAUAUGAUUGAUGGUGAUUCGGAUGAGGAAAUCCCUACCCAGCAAGCUAUUCAGGAAAGCUUACAAGAUAGGCAUAAAUUUGAAAUAAGUGGCAGUGCAACAGAGAUUGAAAGUUUCCAGUAUGCUGCAAGUAAAGAACAUGGGCAGAUCAUUGCAGCAAUUCGGACAGUUAAGUACAAAGGCCAAGAGGAGGCCUUGAAGAAGUUGGUGAGGCACAGUUCUGCUUUUGAGGAAGUAGAUCAGCAAGGCUGGCUUCCUGUGCAUGAAGCUGCAGCACAGCUAAAUAAGAACAUCCUUGAAAUAACUUUAAAAGCCUCCCGUGACGUUAUGUGGGAACAGUCCACUCUGAAAGGGGAAACACCUCUCUUGGUAGCAGUAAGAAACUGUUUUGUGGACAAUGUCCACUUUCUCCUGCUCAAUGGCUGCAAUCCCAAUGUUAAAAAUGAAGAGGGAGAUUCUCCUUUAGUUAUAGCAAUUAAACUUGAUUCCUAUGACAUUGCCUCGUUGUUGUUGCGUUCUGGUGCCAGAGUGAAUUUGCGCUGUGUCCAUGAGAGAACUGCUCUGCAUGAGGCAGCCAGACUGGGCAGGAAGGAUCUGGUACAGCUUCUCCUGGAUGCUGGAGCAGAUCCUGACCCCCGCAGUGGAUAUGGGCUCACACCUCUAGCACUGGCUGCACAGAUGGGACAUACAGAAAUUAUGGAGCUCUUACUGCAAAAAGGUGCAGAUGUUCUUUCACAGGCAAAGGACUGUGCUUCUAUAUUGUUUGAAGCAGCAGGAGGAGGAAAUCCAGAUUCUGUGAGUCUUUUACUAGAAUAUGGGGCUGAUGCCAAUGUGCCAAAGCACUCGGGUCAUUUGCCAAUCCACAGAGCCGCAUAUAGAGGACACUUUCUAGCUCUAAAAUAUUUAGUUCCAGUGACUGAUUUUGCUGCCAUUAAAGAAAGUGGGAUAAGUCCAGUUCACUCAGCAGCAGCGGGAGCACAUCCUCAGUGCCUUGAGUUUCUCCUCCAGUCGGGUUUUGAUGCCAAUUUUAUGCUUGCUCAGAGAGUUCGCAAAGGCUACGACGACCACCGGAAAUCAGCCCUGUACUUCGCCGUUUCCAAUGGGGAUAUCUGCUCAACACAGCUGCUGCUCAAUGCCGGAGCCCUGACAAACCAAGAUCCCAUCAACUGCCUCCAAAUAGCCUUGAGAAUGGGCAACUAUGAGUUAAUGAAUCUGCUGCUCCGCCACGGGGCCAAUGUCAACUACUUCUGCCGGGUGAACACCACGCAUUUCCCCUCAGCUCUGCAGUACGCCCUCAAAGACGAGGUCAUGCUGAGGAUGCUGCUGAACUACGGCUACGACGUGCACCGCUGCUUCGACUGCCCGCGGGGCAGCGGGGCCCACUCCCAGUACGUGACCGACGGCUGGACCUCCACCGUUAUCAAAGACACCAUGUUCUGUGAAGUGAUAACCUUGUCCUGGCUGAAGCACGUGUCUGGGAAAGUAGUGCGAGUCAUGCUGGAUUACGUGGAUCAUGUAAAGAUUUGCUGGAAGCUCGAAGCCGUUCUCAAAGAACAGGAACUCUGGCCAGACAUCCAUUUCAUUUUAACAAAUCCUCGCUCUCUGAAGCACCUUUGCCGUCUGAAGAUCCGGGCUUGCAUGGGACGGCUGCGUCUCCGCUGUCCAGUCUUCAUGACCUUCCUUCCCCUACCAAACUGCUUGAAAGACUACAUCCUGUACAAGGAAUAUGACCUUUAUGGACAGGAAAACUUUACAGGGAUCUACAAUCUCAACUGUGCAUAA